GUGAAAAUAUGUAUUUUUUGGGGGGGUGACCUGUCCCUUUUAAGUAUGUAUGUUUAUUUAUUUGUGUAUAUUUUCAGUCCAUCAAAGGCAGCCAAAGUCUUGUAAAUGUUAUACGUAUUAUAUGUCUUAAAACCCCAUUUUGCCAAACGUUGCUAAAUAGCUAACAGCUACAUGGCUAACCGCUAGCUGGAACAUUCAGACCCUGUGGAACACCGUUAAGAAUUUUUAACGUCCGAAAACGAUCUCUGUUGUUUGUCGGUUUUUAAUUCAUCACAAUUCAGAUGAAACAUUGAAACCCGGACCCAACCUGAAACUACAGCGACAGUCGUGACAAUGGACAGGCACCCUCAAGAAAGAAAACGUGAAAGGAGUCCGGCUCCAACCAGACACACGGGCCAAGACCAGGACCCAGCGAGGCCCGCCUCUCAGUUCUUCCAAACCGGAGAGGCGGAUCAGGUUCAGCCUCUGGACUGGUCCGGAAAUGGGUCAAAGACUUGGGAAAACUACGUUGCCUCGGUUGGAGCAAGUUAUCAAUUUGAAGACGGAAAGCUACCACCCAUAUCGACCCUUUUUAACAAACUACCACUUUACCAUGGCGUGUCAGCGAAGGUGAGAAGUAGCGGUGGUGAUGGCGGGGUCCGGCCAGAAACUGUCCCUUCAGGUUCAUGUCCAGCGGCAGCAGGUUCCCAGCUCAGUGCAGUGGAGCUGCCUCCACCUGGUGAACAAAUUGUCCCGCUCCGGUUUACUGAGAGGCUGGAUACGCCACAGGCCAUUGCAGCUAGAGAACCCCUGAAUCCAGAUCCUGUCCCCCUGACCCCAAAGUCACCCAGACUCGGAGGUGACAGUCCAGUCACCUGCUUUACCAUCCCGCCAACGGAGGAAGAUCUGAAGCAGAUGCAGUCUAGCCAAGACAAGAAUGGAUACAUUAAACGGCCGAUGAAUGCCUUUAUGGUAUGGUCUCACAUCCACCGAUAUGCCCUGCGCAAAGCCUACCCCGGAGCUAACAUGAUAGACACCAGUAUUCAGCUGGGCUGUGAGUGGUCCAAGCUCAGUGAGGAACAGAAGAGGCCUUACUAUGAAGUGGCUCACAAACUGAAACACAUGCAUAAGCAGCAAUUCCCUGAUUAUGAGUAUCGCCCCCAGAAAAAGAAAGGUAGAGUGUGUUUGCCCUCAGGGCAGGGAGCAGGGCAGGGAGCAGGGCAGGGAGCAGGGCAGGGAGCAGGGCAGGGAGCAGGACAGGGAGCAGGGCAGGGAGCAGGGCAGGACCCUGGCGUUUCCGUCUUUGUCUCACAGGCCAUGCCUCCAGCUCAGUCCAAGUUGCUGGCCCCCAGCAUUUACCCAUGUCCCGCCAUGACCCCCUACACAGUGGGCUUCUAUCCCUGCCCAUCUUUUAGCCCAUAUCAUCCAAUGGGCCUCUACUCCAGGGUCCAGAUCAACUCUUCAAGGGUUUUAUACAGAUACCAAAACGCCAGCAGCUCCAUGGAUGAAGUGAGGAAUUACCACAACACUCACCUGCAGAGGUACGAGACCGCUCUGGUCGCCCUCGCCAGAGAAAUCAUGCAGCAGGAGCAUCAUCCAGCUGAUGUUAGUCGUGAAGUCCUCAUUGGCUCUACCACAACAUCAGAGAGCCUUGAGCAGCCAGAUAUUGUCAACAGUCAGCAGUUUUCGGCCAACAACAAAGUGGAGUGUAAAUGUGAGGAUGAUGUUGAUGUUGUUGGACUGCUUUAGGAGAUUACAUAUAUAUAUAUAUAUAUAUAUA